AUGACCCGGAAAGUAGCCAUUAUCUCCUGGGACUCCUGCUUGCAUACUCCCAUGUACUAUUUUCUCAGUAACCUUUUUCUGGUAGAUUUAGGUUAUUCUUCAGUUGUCACACCCAAGGUCAUGUCUGAUUUUCUCACAGGGGAAAAGGUCAUAUCCUACAAUGGAUGUGCUACACAAAUGUUCUUCUUUUCAAGUUUUGUCAUCACAGAAAAUUACCUCCUGACUGUUAUGGCCUAUUAUCAACACAGAGAUAUGUGUAGGCCCCUACAUUAUACCACCACCAUGACAUCGAAUGUAUGUAUUUGUCUGACCAUUAUUGCACAUGUCUGUGGAUUUUUUAACUCUGCUAUUGUAACUGGACAGACCUUUAGUCUGUCCUUCUGUAUUUCCAAUGUGGUCCAUCACUUCUCCUGUGACAUUCCUCCUCUCCUGGCUCUCUCCUGCUCUGAUAUAUACAUCAAUGAAGUGAUACUCAUUCUCUUAGGAGGAUUUGCUGGUACUCUUUUGGACUUUUUUAUCUGUAUAUCCCAAUUAUGCAUCUUUGCUGCCAUCCUGAAGAUCCAAUCUAUCAAGGGCUGCCAGAAAGCCUUCUCUACUUGUCACCUCUCUGUGGUGUCCAUAUUUUAUGGGACAGUCAUCUUUAUGUACUUACAACCCAACUCUAACCAUUCUAUGGACAUAGACAAAGUGACUUCGAUAUUCUAUACCAUGGUCACUCCCAUGUUGAACCCUCUAGUCUAUACUAUGAGGAAUUAA